AGGUUCAUCUGUCGCCCCGGCCGAGUUCCUCCUUCGACUCGGAGCUUCCGGGGCAAGCUGCAUUUCCUGCUGGAGAAGGCGGACGAGGGGCGGACUCUUCCCCGCUGGCUUGUCGGCCUGCUUCUUUGCCGCAGGAAAGGCCUGCGAGGGCGCCGGGGGAGACUGCAAGAAGGCCGGCCGAGAGAGGCCUUUGCUGACGCCGCCCGGAGCCGGGAUGAUGGAACCUUCCUCCUGUGAUACUUUUGUGGCUCUGCCCCCAGCCACACUUGGCAACAGGAUCAUCUUUGGGAAAAACUCAGAUCGGCCCUCUGAUGAAGUCCAGGAGGUUGUAUAUUUCCCUGCUUCCCAGUAUAAGCCAGGAGAAAAGGUGGAGUGCACCUAUAUAGAAAUUGACCAAGUACCAGAAACAUACGCAGUUGUCCUGAGUCGCCCAUCAUGGCUAUGGGGUGCUGAAAUGGGAGCUAAUGAGCAUGGGGUUUGCAUUGGAAAUGAAGCAGUGUGGGGGAGAGAAGAAAUCGGUGAUGAUGAAGCGCUCCUGGGCAUGGAUUUUGUCAGACUUGGACUUGAAAGAGCUGACACUGCUGAGAAAGCUGUCUGCGUCAUCACUGACUUGUUAGAAAAGUAUGGCCAAGGUGGAAACUGUAUGGAAAGCCACAUGGCAUUUACCUACCAUAAUAGUUUCCUGAUAGCAGACAGAAAGGAAGCCUGGGUGCUGGAAACCUCUGAAAAGCACUGGGCAGCAGAGAAUGUGAAAGAAGGAGUGCGGAACAUUUCCAAUCAGCUGUCCAUAACCAGAGUUGAUCGUGGCCAUCCAGAAAUAAAGGAUUAUGCCAGGAGCAGAGGGUGGUGGGAUGGUGAGAAAGAAUUUGAUUUUGCUGCCACGUAUUCCUACGUCAAUACGGCCAGAAUGACUGCAACAAGAGGCAGAUACUGUGAAGGCUAUAAGCUGCUGAAGAAACAUGAAGGAAGAAUAACUGCUGAGACAAUGAUGAGUAUCCUUCGGGACAAGGAGAGUGGCAUUAACAUGGAAGGAGGCUUUAUGACCACUGGAAGCAUGAUCUCUGUACUCCCGCAGGAUCCCAGCCUCCCCUGCAUUCAUUUCUUUACCGGAACUCCAGACCCUGACAGAUCUGUCUUUAAACCUUUCAUUUUUGUGCCAAAUAUUACUCAACUGCUAAAAACCAGUUCCCCAGUGUUUGGUCCUGAGGAUCCAGUUAAAAAGAAGCCACGUUUUCAGACUAAGCCAGACAGGAGACACGAACUCUACAAAAAACAUGAAGGCGCUGCUGUCCUGAUGGGAGAUUCCAAGGACAAGAGUGAUGAAUUGCUGAAACAAAUUCGAAAUUUAGAGAAAGAGAAGAUUGAUGAAAUGGAGCAUAUUUUACAGAGCGGAUGCCUUGAUGUUGACCAAACAGUUAACCUUUUCUCAAAGUGCGCAGAAGAAGAAAUCUAUGAAUAUAUGCCUAAGGAUUAAAAAUCUGCUGUUGUGGAAUUUGGUACUGUUUGCAUUUAUUCAGUUGUCUGUAUGAAGUAUCACUUCCCAGAUCAGGUUUGUUGUUUGCACGAUGUCAAUUCCGGCUAAAUAGCCCUUGCUCAGCACAGAUUGGAAUGUAAAAUGUGGCAAAUAUUAAUAUUAGGCAUGCGACAUAGAUCUGUUAGUUAUGACUACCACUCUAAACCAGCAUUUUGGCCAUCUAAUGAUGGUGGUUUUUCACUGCAUGUUUAUCUGCUGUGAGCACUUCUUGUCUGUACAUAGAGCUGAAGUGUUAAACAAGGUAAAAGUUCAUAACACAAAUAGGUUUCUAGGGAGUGUUGUAGAUAGAGAAUUUCUGAUUGCAUUCUUUCCCAGUGUCCUUAACCAUGUUUAACACAAAGCAAGGGUUUGCUGUUGAUUAGAAUACGAACACUACUUACAUGAGUUAUGGUUUUAGGGCCAUGCCAUGGUAGUGUAAUCCUUAACUGUGUGGAUGGCUGGAAAAAAUUGCAGGGUGUAUGUGAGCUUUGUGGUUCACACCUGAUUUCCGCAUUAGACAGAUAUUGCAAUGAAGAACUUUUAAAAUAGAAAUAAUGUAUUUCAAAGACAUGCAUACUGAUAUUGGGAUUCAGGAAUAUUGAUAAAUACUGAUAGCUUUGUAUACCUGAACCCCAAAAAUAGAUUUUUUUGUGUGUGCGCAUGCCCCUAGUUAUAUAUAUUACACAGAAUAAAAAUAGAAAUAUGAAUGCUGUAAUGUCAGUCUGAAAAAUCUGACUGUACAUAAAGAUUGUUUUUUUAGAUGUAAGUAAUAAUCGAAAUCAUGUAGCCACACUGUACACUGCUAGAAAACAAAUCUUUGCAGUACUACUAAAAUAGCUCAUAUUGAUAAUUUGUUACAGGCCAAUUUUUCCAGUAAUGUACAAUACACAGGAAAAGUAUUCAAAUGCCUUGAGUCCAUUUCUCAGUGAGUAUUGCAGAUAUAUAAAAAUACAUGUACAAAAAUUGGUGCAGUGAGGGAGUAAGUUGGCAAGUCUACUGUUAUAAAAAUGUCUUCCAGGUACAAAAAAAAUCUGUAUUGUUCCUCCAUCAGUCCUAUACCAGUGUUGCUUUCUACGCUGUUCUGGGGAAGAUUCAAUUAUGAGCAGACCUCCAUAUCUGCUGUGGAAGACACUGUGCAAUGUUGUGCCUUUAUCACUCUGACAGUACCAUUUUUAAUAAUCAAAUUCAGGCAUUUUUGAGAAUGUACCUCUUCAAAGACAAUACAGAUCUCAAGCAAAUGCACUGACUAUAUUUUGAUGAUGUAUAAAGAGUGGCAGCUCCCUUUAGGAAAAAAACAAGACUUUUUAUACAAGUAUGUUAAUUUGACAUGUAUUGUAGUCAUGCACCAGUACAGCAAAAGUUGGUUGCAUCUCACACCUGUUGAAAGGCAUGACAGAGAACAGGCUUGAAUAAAAGACUUUCAAUGGGUUUUUGGUGUGACUAUUGCAGUCUGUGUCAAACUUGGCUGCUCUGAGCAGUUAAAAUAGUCUUGGCUGCCUUUAUCUGUGAGGUGGAUUGUGGCCCAAAACUUGAUGGUGGGAUGCGAAACAGAAACCAGGCAAAUUAAUGAACCACUUUCGUUGAAAGGAAUUAGUCUUCUGCAGUCUUCUAACUGAACAGAAUUUUACUCGUCUUCAUUUGUACAAGGCCUGGUUUAUCUGUGUUUUUUUAAGUGUACUUUGUUUCUCCUCUGUUGGGGAGUGGGUACUCAAAUCAAUGCGAAGCCUUAAAGAGAAAAGGUAUUCUCUCUCUCACACACACACACAUACACAAAAUGAAAAGGUGAAUUUCUGCAAUGGUUUAUAUGUGGGGAAUUUCACCUCCGCAUGUGAAUGCUGUUAUAUUUUCUGGAGGAUGGUUUUAUAGUGUAUUAUGACAUGUGAUACCAAAGAAUGAUAAAUUUUGUGUGAUGAUACAGGAAUAAAAGUUAAAAACUGCUGGACAA